AUGGAGAGCUUAGGAGUUAGAAAGGGUGCAUGGACCCAAGAAGAGGAUGUUCUCCUGAGGAAAUGCAUUGAGAAAUAUGGAGAAGGAAAGUGGCAUCUGGUUCCCCUCCGAGCAGGGUUGAAUAGAUGCCGAAAAAGCUGCAGGUUGAGAUGGCUCAAUUAUUUGAAGCCGGAUAUCAAGAGAGGAGAGUUUGCAUUAGACGAGGUUGAUCUCAUGAUUAGGCUUCACAAUUUGUUGGGGAACAGAUGGUCCUUGAUUGCGGGUAGGCUUCCAGGGAGGACUGCUAAUGAUGUCAAGAACUAUUGGCAUGGUCACCACUUGAAAAAGAAGGUUCAGUUCCAGGAAGAAGGGAGAGAUAAACCCCAAACACAUUCUAAAACCAAAGCUAUAAAGUCUCGCAAGCCUCUGGACAGAAGAAACUGCAACACAGACAAAGGGACCCAUGGAUGGUAUGGUAGAACAAAUCCAGGGAGGUGAGGGUGAUUUUCCAUUUGAUGUGGGCUUCUGGGAUUUUCCCAACACAGAAGUAAAUCACUUGAUCUGAUUUAGACCAUU